AUGGAGGCCGCCCCCGGCCCCUCGGCCGAGUUCCUGCCGCCCCCCGAGUGCCCGGUGUUCGAGCCCAGCUGGGAGGAGUUCGCCGACCCCUUCGCCUUCAUCCACAAGAUCCGGCCCAUCGCCGAGCAGACCGGCAUCUGCAAGGUCCGGCCGCCCCCGGAUUGGCAGCCGCCAUUUGCUUGUGAUGUUGACAAACUUCAUUUUACUCCACGAAUCCAGAGGCUGAAUGAAUUGGAGGCACAAACUCGGGUGAAAUUGAAUUUUCUGGACCAGAUUGCCAAGUUUUGGGAGCUUCAGGGAUGUACCCUGAAAAUUCCACAUGUAGAGAGGAAGAUCUUGGAUUUGUUUCAACUAAAUCGGCUGGUUGCCGAAGAAGGUGGAUUUGAUGUUGUCUGUAAGGACAGAAAAUGGACCAAAAUAGCCACCAAGAUGGGAUUUGCUCCAGGGAAGGCUGUGGGAUCACACAUUCGGGCACAUUAUGAACGCAUCCUUUACCCUUACAACUUAUUCCAGUCUGGAGCUAGUCUUUUGGCACCUGACAUAUGUUCCAAACUGAUGUGUUUAGUGGAUCAUGGCGUUCUGGAAAAGAAAAAAAUUCAAAGAAAACCAAAACGAAAACAGGAAGCAGAAGUCAGACAUCUAGAUGUAGGUGGUUCUCAGGAUUCAUGGCAGUGCCUGCAGAAACCAAGUCUUACCACGGACACUAAGGAUAAGGAGUACAAACCUCAUGAUAUUCCCCAGCGACAGUCGGUUCAGCCCUCUGAAACCUGUCCACCAGCCCGCCGGGCUAAGCGCAUGCGAGCAGAGGCAACAAAUGUUAAAACGGAACCAGGGGAGUUGCCCGAAGCCAGGACUCACAAUCUGAGACGUCGAAUGGGAUGCCCUUCUUCCAGAUGUGAAAAUGCAGAGAAAGAAAUGCGCAGCAUCAUAAAGCGAGAACUUGUUGAGAAGAAAGAACUCAUUGGUGAAAUUGAGAAGGAGAAACCCAAAAGUCGGUCUAAAAAGAGCACAAAUGCUGUGGAUCUCUAUGUCUGCCUCUUGUGUGGCAGUGGCAGUGAUGAGGACCGCCUUCUCCUUUGCGAUGGUUGUGAUGACAGCUAUCACACCUUCUGCUUGAUUCCACCGCUUCAUGAUGUGCCAAAGGGAGAUUGGAGAUGUCCUAAGUGUUUGGCUCAGGAGUGCAAUAAGCCACAAGAAGCAUUUGGCUUUGAACAAGCAGCCAGGGACUACACACUUCGCACUUUUGGGGAAAUGGCGGAUGCAUUUAAGUCUGAUUACUUCAACAUGCCAGUUCACAUGGUUCCUACAGAGCUGGUGGAGAAAGAAUUUUGGCGUCUGGUUAGCACUAUUGAAGAGGAUGUCACCGUGGAGUAUGGGGCUGAUAUUGCCUCAAAGGAAUUUGGCAGCGGCUUUCCCGUCCGAGAUGGGAAAAUCAAACUUUCCCCGGAGGAGGAGGAAUAUCUUGAUAGUGGCUGGAAUUUGAACAACAUGCCUGUGAUGGAGCAAUCUGUCCUGGCUCACAUUACUGCAGAUAUAUGUGGCAUGAAGCUGCCAUGGCUUUAUGUGGGAAUGUGCUUUUCUUCAUUCUGUUGGCACAUUGAAGACCACUGGAGUUACUCUAUUAACUACCUGCACUGGGGGGAGCCCAAAACCUGGUAUGGAGCCCCAGGCUAUGCAGCUGAGCAGCUGGAAGAUGUAAUGAAGAAAUUGGCUCCAGAGCUGUUUGUCUCCCAGCCAGAUCUCCUCCAUCAACUUGUCACCAUCAUGAACCCAAAUACAUUGAUGGCUCAUGGUGUGCCUGUUUACCGAACUAAUCAGUGUGCUGGAGAGUUUGUGAUUACAUUUCCAAGAGCCUAUCACAGUGGAUUUAACCAAGGUUUUAAUUUUGCCGAAGCAGUUAACUUCUGCACUGUCGACUGGCUGCCUUUAGGCCGUCAGUGUGUGGAGCAUUAUCGACUGCUGAACCGUUAUUGUGUGUUUUCUCAUGAUGAGAUGAUCUGUAAAAUGGCUUCCAAAGCAGACGUCUUGGAUGUGGUGGUGGCUUCAACUGUUCAGAAAGAUAUGGCUAUUAUGAUCGAAGAUGAAAAGACUUUGCGGGAGACUGCCCGCAAAUUGGGAGUAAUCGAUUCAGAACGAAUGGAUUUUGAGCUGUUGCCAGAUGAUGAGCGGCAGUGCGUAAAAUGCAAAACCACCUGCUUCAUGUCGGGUGUCUCCUGCUCUUGCAAACCUGGGCUGCUGGUAUGUCUACAUCAUGUGGAGGACCUGUGCUCCUGCCCUAUGUAUAAAUAUAAAAUGGGAUAUAGAUACACUUUGGAUGAUCUCUACCCAAUGAUGAAUGCACUGAAGCUGCGGGCGGAGUCGUAUAAUGAAUGGGCAGCAAAUGUGAAUGAAGCUUUGGAGGCCAAGAUCAACAAUAAGAAAAGCCUGGUCAGCUUUAAGGCUUUGAUAGAAGAAUCUGAAAUGAGGAAGUUUCCCGACAAUGAUCUGCUGCGCCAUCUUCGUUUAGUCACCCAGGAUGCAGAUAAGUGCGCGUCUGUGGCCCAGCAGCUGCUCAAUGGCAAAAGGCAAACCAGAUAUCGUUCCGGUGGUGGGAAAUCACAAAAUCAGCUGACAGUGAACGAACUGCGGCUGUUUGUAAGACAGCUGUAUGCCCUACCGUGUGUCUUGAGCCAGACACCGUUGCUGAAGGAUCUCCUUAACCGGGUGGAAGAUUUCCAACAGCACAGCCAGAAACUCCUCUCGGAGGAAAUGCCCCGUGCAGCAGAGCUGCAGGAGCUGCUGGACGUCAGCUUCGAUUUUGACGUCGAGCUUCCGCAGCUCGCUGAGCUGCGGGUCCGCCUGGAGCAGGCCCGGUGGCUGGAAGACGUGCAGCGGGCGUGUCUGGACCCCAGUUCUCUCACUCUGGACGAUAUGAGGCGCCUGAUAGAUCUAGGAGUGGGACUGGCACCCUAUUCGGCAGUGGAGAAAGCCAUGGCCAGGCUGCAGGAGCUCCUGACGGUGUCGGAGCACUGGGAUGAUAAAGCCAGGAGCCUGAUCAAAGCCAGACCACGGCACUCAUUAAAUAGUCUUGCAGCAGCAGUAAAGGAGAUUGAGGAGAUUCCAGCGUAUCUCCCAAAUGGCCUUGCCCUGAAAGAUGCUGUUCAGAAAGCCAAAGAUUGGCUACAGGAAGUGGAUGCCCUUCAGGCUGGAGGCCGAGUGCCCGUAUUAGACACACUCAUGGAGCUUGUGUCACGAGGUCGAUCUAUCCCAGUUCACCUGAAUUCCCUGCCGAGACUGGAGUCCCUGGUGGCUGAGGUUCAGGCAUGGAAGGAGUGUGCUGCCAAUACGUUCCUGACCGAAAACUCACCGUAUUCUCUUCUGGAGGUGUUGUGUCCCCGGUGUGAUGUGGGCAUGAUGGGAUUGAAAAGAAAGCAGAGGAAGUUAAAGGAGCCUUUGCCAAGUGGAAAGAAGAGAAGCACUAGGCUGGAGAGUCUAAGUGACCUGGAGAGAGCUCUGACUGAAAGCAAAGAGACAGCUUCAGCAAUGGCCACCCUCGGGGAAGCCCGUUCGAAGGAGAUGGAAGCCCUGCACGCCCUGAGAUUGGCAAACGAAGGGAAGCUCCUGUCACCUGCCCAAGAUACAGAGAUGAAAGUCUGCCUGUGUCAGAAAACACCAGCCGCGCCCAUGAUCCAGUGUGAACUCUGCCGGGACGCCUUCCACACAGGCUGUGUGGCUGUCCCCAGCAUCUUGCAAGGACCCCGUGUCUGGCUGUGCCCCCAUUGUCGGAGAUCCGAGAAACCCCCGUUAGAGAAAAUCCUGCCCUUGCUGGCCUCCCUGCAGCGCAUCCGCGUGAGGCUUCCGGAGGGAGACGCGCUGCGGUAUAUGAUCGAGAGAACCGUGAACUGGCAACAUAGAGCCCAGCAAAUGUUAUCUUCAGGGAGCUUAAAAUUUGUACAAGACAGUGUGGGGUCGGGACUGUUGUACAGCAGAUGGCAGGCAUCAGCUGGACAGUUGCCAGAGACAAACAAGGUGUCGCAGACCAUUGGUGCCACAUCCUUCUCUCUGCCCCAUGACUGGGAUAGCCGAACCUCAUAUUUACACUCUCCAUUUUCUACUGGACGAAGCUGCAUUCCCCUCCAUGGUAUCAGUCCAGAACUGGAUGAACUGAUGAUGGAAGCCCAGUUGCUCCAAGUGUCUCUACCCGAAAUUCAAGAACUCUACCAGGUCUUGCUCACCAAACCGAGUCCUCCUAAGCAGAGUGACCGCAACUUCCCCGUUGGCCUCACCAGUGAGAAGAACGACUGCUGCCGGGGGAAGCGGGAUGGGGGCAGCAGUCUGGAGAGGAAGCUCAAGAGGCGCCUAGAGAGAGAGGGCUUGUCCACUGAGCGGAGGGAGCGAAUGAAGAAGAUGCGGACCCCCCAGAAGAAGAAAAUCAGAAUGGCCCACUCGAAGGACAUGAACGGUCUUAAGCUCGAGAGAGAGCGGGGUUACGAACUGACCCACUCCAGUGAACCCCUGUCGCUGCCCUCUGACACCUCCUUCUCGGAGCAAGAGGACUCCGAGGAUGAAGAUGCCAUCUGCCCAGCCAGGAGCUGCCUACAGCCAGAAGGAGAUGAGGUGGAUUGGGUCCAGUGCGAUGGCAGCUGCAAUCAGUGGUUUCAUCAGGUGUGUGUUGGUGUUUCUCCAGAGAUGGCAGAGAAGGAAGACUACAUCUGUAUGCGUUGUACUGUGAAGGACGCGCAGAACCGAAAAUAAAAAUAACAUUCGCCCACCUUCCCUGCCUGUGUAAUUCAGGACUCCAGUAGAGAAGAUUUCUGCAAUUUCUCAGCAAAGCUACGGGACUGGUGUUAGAACCAGGCUGUAAACGGUGCUAUUUCUAUCCUCAAGGGAUCAUUUUCCAGAACUCUUUAAAAAAAAAAAUACACAGAAAAACAACAAAAAAAUUUUUUUGACACUUUUUGUAUUUUUUCCUUAAGAGCUGUUUGUGGUUGUUGAGGUUUGAAAUGCUGACUGUUUUUUGCAGGGGUUUCCACCAAUUCGGAAGGCAUUGGAUGAAGCUGGCACCUUCCUAUGUACAGCAUUAAUCUGACUUUUGGGUUUGCUGGCAUUUCAGCCUAACUCGGUUUCGGUGCCCCUUCGGGCACCAGAAAAUCCAGUAAAUCCUCUUUCGAGGACACCUUCCUGUUGACUCUCUUACCAUUUAUGAAUUUUUUUUUUCCCCACUUCGGGUUUUUUUUUUGGUUCCGAUUUUUUUUUUCCCAAGGGGGCGGGGUGGGGGGGUGUAGCCUAGGUUUAUUUAUCUGAGCAAUAACUUCUAUGGUUUCAGUGGCUGGAAUUAAAAAAAAAAACUUUUGAACGGUGUGGUGCUUUAGCAUUCGGUUGAUGUACAGAACCCAGAUAUUUAGGUUCUAGUGUCACUGAUGGACUAGUGAUGUAGAGGAGAGACCGCUCUGUAAGUAAUUGCUACAGCUGUAUUUUGGCUUUCUCUUCUUUUUUUCUUUUUUUUUUUUUUGUUUUGUUUUUGGGGUUUUUUUGGGGCGGGGGGUAGCGUGUAUCAAAUGUUGCAGUUUAUGUUGUGGAAUAAAUCCUUGGUUAUGAUAUACAAUUAAAUGCUGGUUAUUUAGAGCCCUUAGGAUGCAGCUCUGCUCCCUGCCUCCCUUUCCUCUUGGGUCUCUCCUGGACAGAUGGGGCUGCUCACUGUGACUCUUUCCACCUAGGCUGUUGUGGCUUGGGCUGCAGUCUGCCGGGGUUGAGUUAGGGCCCAUCUGGUAGUCAGAGCCUUUUUCUCCCCCACUUCCCCUCUCUUCCUCUUCCUCUCUCUCUCUCUCUCUCUGUCUCUCUCUGCCCCAAUGCCUCCUUUCUGAUGCACCUACUCUCCCCCACCCCCAAGUCUUCUUGUAAUGCGGGCUAUCUUUAAAAGCUACGCUACAACCACCCCCAAAAUGCUGGCAACUGGACAGAUCUCUAUCCUGUCCAGGAUGAAUUUAUGAAUUGGCCCCAGGGGAGACUGCAUCCUGUGAGGCUGCGGGGGAAGCAGGAGUUGGAGGGUCCCAAGGAUCCCUGCUUGGUUUAAGGGAAAAGGGAAAUUUGCUUCCACAGGGCUGAGCACUUACACGACAGCUGGGAAAAGCAUCCACCCUCGCCUCUUUCCUUUUCUUCUCCCAGCCGGCUACUCAUAGUGCAGUGUGGCCCGUAUCCUCUUUCUCACUCUCUCUUCUUUUCAAAGGGGUGCGUGUGGCACUGGAACAAUCUCUCUGGCAAGCAGAAUAAGUUCUUGCUUCCUUCCCUAUUCAGGCGCUUCUGUCCUUUUAGUUUUUUUUUUUUCCCAUCCAUAUUCCAUAGUCAUCAAUUUGAGGAGGGUUAGGACUAGUUGUUUGGGAUUUUUUUUUUAAAUUAGAUUGUUAUGUAGUGGAGAUUAAAUGUACUAGCCCCUUUAUGCAAUUUGAUUAAAUCUCUUUAUGAAUGAC